UAAAGGGUUCACAUGAGCACAGUCCCAACACAUAUCAGUGGAAAUGGGGACUUACACGUUACCGGAGGGAUUCUCAGACUUUGACAUGUUUGCCUUUGGAUCUGCACUGCUGGUCGGUGGUCUUCUCGGCUUCUUCCUUAAUGUCAUGUCGGCCGCUGCGUUCCUCAGAGUUCGUGAGAUGAGAACACCCGGUAACUUCUUCAUCUUUAAUCUUGCGGUCGCCGAUAUCGGUCUGAACAUCAACGGGCUGGUGGCGGCGUACGCCAGUUAUCUGAGGUACUGGCCGUUCGGUUCAGAGGGGUGUCAGAUUCACGCCUUUCAGGGAAUGGUGUCGAUUCUGGCCGCCAUCAGUUUUCUUGGUGCGGUCGCUUGGGACAGAUACCACCAGUACUGCACGAAGCAGAAGAUGUUCUGGAGCACCGCCGGGACCAUCAGCACCAUCAUCUGGGUUCUGGCCAUAUUCUGGGCGGCCAUGCCGCUGCCAGCGAUCGGCUGGGGAGAGUUUGACUUUGAGCCAAUGAGAACGUGUUGUACCCUCGACUACACUAAAGGAGACCGGAAUUACAUCACCUACAUGUUGACCAUCACUGUCCUCUUUUUAGCUUUUCCUGUCAUGAUUUUGCAGUCGUCCUACAAUGGCAUCUACGCAUAUUUCAAAAAGACACACCGCUAUAAGUUUAACACAGGUGUACCUCUAAAGGUGCUUCUGUUCUGCUGGGGUCCGUAUGUAAUAAUGUGCAUAUACGCCUGCUUUGAGAACGUUACUCUCGUGUCGCCAAAGCUCAGAAUGGUCCUGCCAGUCCUUGCCAAAACGUCGCCGAUCUUCCACGCCGUCCUAUACGCGUACGGUAAUGAAUUCUACCGCGGAGGUCUGUGGGAGUUCGUGACGGGACAGAAAUCAGUUGAUAAAAAGAAAUAAGAGUUGAUGAUGUUUGUAGAUGAAUUGAAAUGUUUUUCAUAUUAUUUGACUGUAUAUGUCAGUGCCUGUUCCUAAUUAUAGUGGAGUGUUGAUUGAGGAUUGUUAAUAUGUUAACCCUUGUUAACAAACCUUUGAGUGAUCAUCCAGAUUCAGAUGUGACGCACGAGUCUUUCGUCUGACGGGGAAAAUACUGAGAAUCAUCAUUAAAAACAAACUCUCCUUUUGCAUGUUGUAGAAAUUUAGUGCAGUAUUUAAUAAGAGCUGCUAAUAUGUCAAAUACUAUUUUAAAAUAUGUUUGAUUAAAGUCUUGCAUGUCAGUGUUUUAAUAAAGUCUUUGUGAAGUAUGAAGGUCACUCACGGUCGCUUCAUUAUCAAUAAACUCUGAAUUCCUCUUUCACCCCUCUCGUGUGUUCUGGAGACGUUUGAGGGGUUUGGUGUGUUACUCAAGAGAUCUGCACUUUCAGUCACGAGCUGAAGAUCUCGACGGUGCUUCAAAACAAUGUGACACACGAGACAACGGGACAAUCAGUUAUUUAUUCUGAUUUAAGGAUCAGAUGAAGAUUGCUUGUGUUUAAGUUAAUAACUCAGAUACGAUUUCAAGAGAGAUGUAAAACACUC